UUGAUGAAGCUAGAGCGCUGUGCGAUAGCAAAGAUCACGUUAGUUGAGCUGUGUGUGUCACACACGCUGUGAGCGGUCGCUGCACCCUUCCCGCCGCUAUUUUUAAUAUCAAACGACGCGACCUACCGGUAGCGCUGAAGAAGUGGACGCAGUAUUCUAGCAAUUAGUUUUUUAUUCCAGCUGAACUUAGGGUAUCAUGACGAAGGGACUAGCGCCCAGAUGAGGCGCCAUGGAAGAGAGCGCGUUUCUGUUAGACCACGAGGAUGCGGGCCGCGAAUUCAGCAGCACGUUCCCGUUGCUGCAGGCGGAUGACGACGAAAACGCUGAAGUAAAGAAAAUGGAUUUUGACGAUGUUCUAGUGGAGAUCGGAGAAUUUGGACGAUAUCAGAUUCUGAACUAUUUUUUGAUCUGCCUUCCGGUCUUCUUUGGCGCUGCAAACAGCCUAAGCUACGUAUUCACAUCUGGAAUUCCAACAUACAGAUGCUGGAUACCAGAAUGUGAUAAUAUAACAAAUCCUGUGUAUGAUGCUUCGUGGGUAUCUACAGCUGUGCCACCUGGGAAGGAAUGUAUACGCUAUGCACCAUAUGACAAUAAUACUUCAGACGGUACAUGUCCUAGUAAUUUUAGCAAGAAAGAAAUUUCUUGUGAUCACUUUGUCUUUAAAGAUGAUGAAUGGACUAUUGUGAAUGAGUGGGAUCUAACAUGCCCAGAGAAUCUAUGGAAGUUAUCUCUGGUGGGAACUGUGCAUUUUGCUGGCAUCCUUAUAGGAUCCAGUAUAUUUGGACUUCUUGCUGAUAAAUUUGGUAGAAAGAUAAUCCUUAUCCUCUGCAUACUGUUGAUGGCUGUAUCUGGAGUGGCACAAGCUCUUUCAACUACCUACAUCGCAUUCCAGGUGUUCAUCUUCAUCAAUGCUCUGGGCUGUGCUGGGGUUUACCCUCCCGCAUUUAUUAUAGGUGUGGAGCUGGUGGGAAAGAAUCUCAGAGAAAUGAGUGGCAUUGUACUCAACUAUUUUUAUGCUUUGGGUGAAGCAGCUGUGGCUCUUGUGGCAUACCUGUGCAGAGACUGGGUGCGAACGCAGCUUGUUAUUUCUGCACCUGCCGCUAUAUUUGCUGUCUAUUACUGGAUAAUCCCAGAAUCAGUGCGUUGGCUUCUUGUCAACAAUCGGACAAAAGCUGCUGAAGAUAUUAUUAAAAAGGCUGCAAUGAUGAAUAAAGUUGUGUUGUCAGAUGAUCUUUUGAAGACAAUCGAUAUGCAGAAGGGACAACUGACUGUUAGUAAGAGAAAACCUGAAGAGAAGACAAUAUGGGAGGCCAUACUCACUGUUCUGAAGACUAAGAAACUUCUUCUAAGAUCAUUGUAUUUAUUUUUCAUAUGGGCAGCAAAUGCAUUUGUCUACUAUGGACUGUCUAUCAAUUCAACCUCUCUGGGAGGAAAUAAAUAUCUCAACUUUGCACUAGUUGCACUAGUUGAGAUUCCUGGUUACACAAUCUCCUGGAUUGCUAUGAAUCGAUUUGGGAGGCGUUCAUCAUUGGUGAUAUCAAUGCUUAUGUGCAGUGCCACAUGCCUAGGUGCAGCAUUUGUACCCCAAGAUGUUAACUGGGCAGUUGUAUUAUUAUUUCUGCUGGGAAAGCUGGGCAUCACAUGCUCAUUUGGUAUUGUGGUGGUUUACACCGCAGAGCUGUAUCCAACAGUCAUGCGCAGUGCUGGUGUAGGAGCCUCAUCUACCAUAUCUAGGCUGGGUGCUAUGGUUGCACCAUUUGUGCCACUGCUGGGCACUUACGUUGAACCAUUGCCACUGCUACUAUUUGGUGUAGUGUCACUGCUUGCUGGAGUGCUCUCUCUAUUGUUACCUGAAACUUUGGGAAGGAAGCUUCCAGAUACAGUUGAAGAUGCUCAAAAUUUGUAGAUAGUUGCCAAACAGAAUUUGACCACAACAAAUACAUUUUUUAAGAAACUUC